AUGGAUUUCUGCAGGCUGGACGGGGUUGUCUUUAUCAGCCACCAGUGGGCUGGAUACAGCCACCCUGAUCCCCAUGGCACGAAGUACGAAGCUAUAGGGAAGGCUGUGCACGAGCUUCAAAGUCGAGGUGUCCGAGCAAACUGGAUAUGGCUGGACUACUGCUGCAUCCCGCAGGAGAAUAAUGUCCAGCAGCAGAGUGCCAUCAACUCCAUGUUUGCUUACACCUCCUUUUGCACAACUUUCCUCUCUCUAGCGCCAACGUGCACGCACGUAGAUUCAGGCGAAGAACUCACCCCGGAGACGCGCCACCAGCGGCUGUGGUGUCUCUUGGAGUUGCUGUGUUUCACGGUGAGUCGUGCUGGGCGGCAUGACGAGACUUACCUAUACACCGACGAUGGCUUGGAGGAGGACGAGCCGCCUUCUGAGCAGGCGUUGGGCGUCAUGAAUGGUACUAGCACCUGCUGCCAACUCUGCCACGCCAGCAGCAAUCCCUGUGAUAAGCAACGGGUGGUGAGUGUGAUGUUGGGAAUCUACUGGCGAUUGCUUGUCCUGAAGCAGAAGGAUGGAGGAACAUCUGCCUGGGCUAUGGGAAUGCUCGAACAGGUUGAUGCGAACGAGGAGAGCUUCUUUCCUGGCAGAGUCA